UUGGAAAUUUCCAGCUUUGAUAAGACAGCCAGACAGCUAGUAAACAAUGAUAAAACUAAAGUAGGCAAUUGCAAUUUCCGACCUAAUGGUAAAAUUUCUUGAUGCACGUCGUUCAUUGCACCAAAGCUGCGCUCCAUAAUCUUAUUUCGAACACAAUGACUACGCCAAUGCUGCUCGUACACGGUGGAGCUGGUGACAUAAGUGACGCGCGAGUGCCUGGCAAGACAAAAGGUAUGAAACUGGCUUUGAAAGCAGGUUUGCCGCUGCUGAUGCCUUCGCCUGAAUGUGGUGGUAUUGAAGCAGGUUCUGCUCUGGAUGCCGUCGAAGCGGCUGUACGCGCUAUGGAGGAGGAUGAAAACUUCAAUGCGGGUUAUGGAGCAUGCCUGAAUAGUGAUGGCAACGUUGAAGUGGAAGCAAGCAUAAUGGAAGGAUCGCGGUUGCAAGCUGGCUGUGUAACUUUGUUGCACGACAUCAAAUAUCCUAUUUCAGUGGCACGUUGUGUAAUGGAGAGAACAAAUCACACAUUUUUAGGUGGUGAAAGCGCACAGAAAUUUGCUUUAGCAAAUGGAGCUGAGCAAUUGCCAGCGGGAUCAUUAGUAACACAAAGUGCACGUGAUGCAUUAAAGCAAUUUAAGCAACAACAAUCUGAGGGUAAAGAUACCACAUAUGCGCCAACAGAAUUGGAUAAAACAAUUAAAGAGCGACCAGGUGAACCUGGUACCGUUGGUGCUGUGGCUAUAGAUGCAAAAGGCAAUAUAGCAGUGGCCACUUCUACAGGCGGCAUAACUGGCAAAGUGGCAGGGCGUAUUGGUGACACACCAUUGCUUGGUUGUGGCACUUAUGCAGAUAAUAAGUGGGGCGGUGUUUCUACCACUGGUCAUGGCGAGACAAUUAUGCGUUUCAAUUUGGCACAAAAGAUUAUAGCAAACAUUAGAUACUGCAAUAUGUCGGCUCAGGAGGCGACCGAAGUUGCGUGCAAGGAGAUGACUGAACGCUUAGGAGGUACCGGUGGCGCUAUAACUAUUGGACCUACGGGUGAUAUAGGCGUGGCUUGGACUUCAAAGCGCAUGGGUUGGGGUUAUGUGCGUAAUAAUGAAUAUAUUUAUGGUAUUGACCACGGAAAGGUGCUUAAAGAACCAUUUUAAAAUAUGCGUAACAUAUAUUUUUGUGUAUUCAUUCGUUACCUUAAUUCACAAAGGCCCUAACUAAAAUUUAUUUUAUUUUACAGGAGAAGCAAAAAACAUUACAAAAGAAGUAUCCAAAGCAGGUAGGGCUUUUAGAAUAUAUUAGGCUUUUAGUGUGUAAUCUACCGACUUUUGUACUAAGAUGAAUUUCGUAAAAAAAUGAGUUAGGGCCUUUCCAUUAGUGCUGCAAAAACACCGGUGAUUAAAACUAGAUGUUCGAUGUUUUUGUCAAUAAAACAUCGGUAGUGUCGAUACUAUCGCGUUUUCUUGGGUAUUAUAACUUCUUGUUUAAACUUGAAAUCCUGAUUAAUUAACAAACAAUUUUGUAACAAAUUACAUUAAUUAUUUUCAAAUUAUCCAUUAAUUAAUUUAAAAUUUAAUUAGACUUAUAUUUAACUUCACAUUGAAUAUUGCAAGUUAUUAAUUAAAUUUAAUUAAUUAAAUAAAUAUUCGCUCUUUAAGGCAAUAAUCUGGGGUACACUUCAAGUUUUUAGUUUUAAGUUUCCCAAUUAGAGAUCGAAUGGCACUGACAAAAUCAUUUUAAUGAGUAAUAAAUUCCCUAAACACUUAUUGGUACGCUUUUGUGCUCAAAUUCAGCUAAACUGUAAAAGAAUAUAAGUUUAUUACGCUUUAAUUGUUCUAAUGAUGGCAUAUCUUCUAAAAACAUCGAUGGUUUUCAAAAAAAAUAUUAAAACAUCGAUACUAUCGAUAGUGCUCCAAUGCUUUUGCAGCUCUACUUUCCAUAUUAAGGUAACGAUAUGUAUGUAUAAAAAAAGGUUAUUUAAAUGCUAGAAAGUCCAUUUUUUAGAUUGAGCAUAAUUGUCGUCGUUUAAAGUACAAAACCGCGUAUCGUCAUUCUGCAAACCAUUUGCAGCCAAAAAUUGGAAUUGCUCACACAAGCUCAUGGCUCAAUCCUUAUCCAUUCGUCCUGAAAUAUACUAGCCAGAAAUGUGAUUGUUUUACAGAAGAGAGAAAAAUGUUUUAGCAUGAGUGUUUUUACUCUCUUGAAAAUAAUUUAUGCAACUCACAUACGCGCCUUUGAAUUAUCUUGAUACGCGAUUUUGCAUUUUGUUGAUACGCGGUUUUGUACUUUAAACGACGUUAUAUCAAAGAAAUAUCAAACUUGGUGCCUUAAUGCUGUUGGCCAAGGCCUUGCCUUAUUCAAGAAAAGUUAAAUAGGUUUUAAAAGCUUUGUAAAGCGCGAUACUCAUACAAAUUGCCUGUUUAAGUCACCAGUAUUAAAAAUUUCAAAUUUAUUUUCUUUCUUUAAUGAAUUUAAGCAUCAAAGGAAAUCACAUUUAAAAGGCAUAUUGAGCAUACCUGCAAUUUUUUAGAACAGCAAAAUUAAAAGUAUGUACCUAUGUAUAUUGACCAAUUUUCCAAUUAAAAAAUUACAAUGAGAAAACACA